GUGAAAUACAUCCAGGUCACUUCCUGUGUCACUUCCUCUUUGAUCAGGUACAUGGCGAUCAUCCACCCGAUGAAGCCACGCCUCUCAGCAACAGCCACAAAAGGCAUGAUCGCAUGCGUGUGGAUUCUGGCUGCGUUUCUGGCUUUUCCACUCUGCUUCUAUUCCAUAACCGAAGUGAGGCCGCACAGGACGGUGUGCUACGUGGCCUGGCCGCGGCGCGAUGACGACGCCUUCAUAUAUCACGUGAUCGUGGCAGUGCUGGUGUAUCUCCUGCCUCUGGUGCUCAUGGCUGCCACCUACAGCAGGGUCGGACUCACGCUGUGGGGCGGAGGAUUUCCAGGACGCUCCUCAGAAAACCUCCAGGGUCACCUGCAGGCCAAGAGAAAGGUUGUGAAGAUGAUGGUGAUCGUGGUGGUAACAUUUGCCAUCUGUUGGCUUCCAUAUCAUGUGUAUUUCAUCGUAACGAGCUUCAACCGGAAGCUGAAGAGGAUCAAGUCGAUCCAGCAGGUGUAUCUGUCAGUGCUGUGGCUCUCCAUGAGCUCCUCCAUGUACAACCCCAUCAUCUACUGCUGCCUCAACAGCAGGUACC